AUGGCCCAACAAGGAGGUGAAGCCCCUGUCACCACCAUCGUUCCCUUCAGCAACCAGAAGGUCCUUCCCGCUUGCGCCGCCGCUUGCGGUCCCCUUUACGAUGCCAACGGUGCCUGUGUUCCUCCUCAAGUAGCCGCUGAUGCUGGCCCAACCGCCUACACGCAAUGUUUCUGUCUCGACCAACGAGUCGCCGCUUUCUCGACCGCCACUACGGGCGUCUGCGAUGACGCAUGUACCGCGGAUCCCAAGGGCCUUUCAUCGAUCGCUGGCUGGUUCCGAAGCAUGUGCAGUGUUUCGACUGCUCAAAAUGGAGGAACAACCAAAAAAACCGGAACUGGCUCUACGACUUUGACAGGCGGCGAUGCUUCAUCAACAGCUGGUAGCAAGCUAUCUGACAAUGGAGGUGGUGGUGAUUGGAUUUCCAACCAUUGGCAAUGGGUUAUCAUGAUUGUUGUCCUCGUUGUCGGCAUCGCAGCCAUUUGGAUCGGCGCUUGCAUCUGGCGUCGCCGUUACCUGCGCAAGAAGGAUCGUCAGACUCACCUCGGCCAGAAGCACUCUGGAUCUGCAUCUCGACCAUCUUGGGGUCCCGGAAUGGAGGCCUCAGAGUCCGGAGGUCUUCCCUACGACGAUGAAUCGAACCGAAACUCGCACGGCUUCAUGCUACCGGGUGCUGCCGCCGGUGCUCCCGUGGAGGAGAAGCCACAGGAGAAGAAGCGAUGGAUCGUCCGCGACCGAACAUGA